AUGGGUAUCUACCGAAGAUCAGAGGCUGCAUUGGCUUUGAUUUUGGCACUGGCCUUUGUCAUCGGUGGGGAUGCUCAGGAAUCGACGACUACGGUUCCGGCUAUUGUGACGUUUGGGGACUCGGCUGUGGAUGUUGGGAACAAUGACUAUAUCCCAACUCUUUUCAAGGCCAAUUAUCCGCCUUAUGGGAGGGAUUUCGUGAACCAGAAGGCCACUGGAAGGUUCUGCAAUGGAAAACUAGCCACUGAUAUCACUGCUGAUGAUCUGGGGUUUACUACUUACCCGCCAGCAUAUCUUAGCCCACAGGCAUCUGGGAAGAACCUUCUCAUUGGAGCCAACUUUGCUUCUGCGGCAUCAGGCUACGAUGACAAAACAGCCAUCUUGAAUCAUGCAAUUCCAUUAUCACAUCAGCUGCAGUAUUACAAAGAGUACCAAGCUAAGCUAGCAAACGUUGCAGGUAGUGAAAAAGCGGUUUCCAUACUCAAGGAUGCAUUGUAUAUAUUGGGUGCUGGUAGCAGUGACUUUCUGCAGAAUUAUUAUGUCAAUCCUUGGCUGAACAGAGUCUACACUCCUGAUCAGUACUCUUCGUAUCUCGUCGGCAUAUUUUCAAGCUUCAUUAAGGACUUGUAUGGGUUGGGAGCCCGGAGAAUUGGGGUGACAUCUCUCCCACCAUUGGGGUGCCUUCCUGCAGCUAUCACUUUAUUCGGGUUUCACCAGCCAGGGUGUGUCUCUAGGAUAAACACUGAUGCCCAAGGAUUCAAUAAAAAGAUCAACUCAGCUGCAACUAAACUCCAGAAGCAACUUCCCGGCCUCAAACUUGUCAUCUUCGACAUUUUCAAGCCUCUCUACGACAUCAUUCGAACACCUUCAAAUUAUGGUUUUACAGAAGCAAAGAAAGGCUGCUGUGGAACAGGGACAGUAGAGACAACAAUAUUCUUGUGCAAUCCGAAGUCACCAGGAACUUGUAGCAACGCAACUCAGUUUGUGUUUUGGGAUAGUGUCCAUCCCUCUGAGGCUGCUAAUCAGGUUCUUGCCGAUUCAUUGAUCCUCCAAGGCAUUGACCUCAUAGGAUGAGGCGGUGUUUUGCGUGUGUGUGAACUGUACACUGUUAAAGCUAUGUUAAGUAUUACUUAUUUUUUGUGUUUCUAUUGGGAAGAGAUGCAAAACUAUGUUCUGUAUUGCUUGAACAAUUAUAAUGGUAAAGAUCUUCACAAGACAAAAUGGGAUGAGAAAAUCUCCGGCCAAAUCUCAUAUUAGCGGUGUAACUUGGGCGGGUUGAGGAAUCAACCCUAGUCCAAUCCUAAAUAUAAAAUCUUUAACCUUAACCCUAAUCCUAAUCUGAUUUCAACCCUAGUUAUUCAACUCGAGUAUUGGCCGAGUUGAUUUCACAUAAGUUUAGGUUGAAAUCGAAUUACUCAAUUCAGGCUCAACAAACAAUAAUCCUAAAUUAGGGAUGAACUUUAGUUGGGUUCAUAUUGAACCCAAUUUCAUUAAUUCGGAUUGGGUUUGGGUUAAACUCAUGAACCCAAGCUUUUGACUCGAGCUUUGCCUGAAAAGUGAGGUCAUUUGAGUUGUUUAUCUGAUAUGAGAUAAGAACUUUAUGCCUUUCUUUUAUCUUUUUUACUUAUCUUAUAUCAGUUGUGUAAACUUUUUUCACUAUAGUCCUUAUAAAUCAUGUUUAACUCCUCCUUUAAAUAAUAAUAAUUACAAAAUAUGUAUUAAUAUCUUAUUUUUGCAUAUCAUUUAUAUAAAUAUAAUAUACGAAUUCAAAUCGAGCUUAGUUUCAUUAAUUUGGGUUGAGUUCGAGUUAAACCUGUGAACCUGAGCCUUGCUCGAAUCUAAUUCGGGUUAAAACUUUUUAACCCUAUCCCUAAAACCUUCAAUCCUAAUACUAUCUUUUUUUUAAUUGAGUUUAAGUUAGCCCACUCAAAUUACACUUUUAAAUUUCUCUUGCGAUGAGGGCCUAACACUUUCUUUCCACCCUAUUUUUCAUUCUCAUUUUUUCAUCCACGCAACUUUCCCCUUGUCAUUUCAUUAAAUAUUCCAAACCAAGUUAGUCAUCUAUAUGGUAGCAAAAAAAAGUAAGUCGUCUAAUUCUUUAUACUAAAGGUCUCAAUCAAAUCAUCUUGUAUUAUUUUCAUAUCUCAUCAUGUCCUAUUGUAUUACUAUCGAUAAUUCGUGUCUGAAGGUAUUAUACAAUUCAAAAAAUAAUCGAAUAUUAAUUGUAAACUCAAAAUAAUUAAAUACUGAAAAUGACUGCAAUAUGCUGAAAACACUACAAAAAUAAAGGUCUUUUGUAACAAAUUUUUUACGGCAGCUGUAUUCACCGUCACAAAAGACAUAUUUGAGACAAAGUUGUCACAAAAAACGUGUUUAUGUUAAUAUUUGUGGCAACUAAUUUUUUUUGUCAUAAAUAGUGUCAUAAACUCAAAAGAAAUUUUUGUAUUUAAGACAACUGUUUUUCCUAACUCAAAUAAUAUUUUAUAAAUUUAAAAGAAUUUUUUAUAUUUAUGGCAGCUAUUUUUCCCUUCGUAUAUAAUAUUUCAUAAAACAUUAAAAUGUUGUUUUAGAUUAAAAAAUAGUUUAUAGUUUAAAGAAGAAAAACUCUAAAAAAAAUUUGUAUUGACCACAACUAUUUUUCAUGUUACAAAUAAUAUUUUAUAAAAUUACGUAGUUUAUCAUCAAAAGACAAUUUCUAGUUCAAAGAAAAAAAAAUUAAACUCUACAAAGUCAAGUUUUUAUAUCAAAACUAAGGGUGUCAAAAUAUGACAUGACUCGUUAACACGACAUAAAAUUAGUGGGUUUGAGUCUUUCUUAAACCACAUGUUUAGUAAACGAGUGAACCCAUCACGAUACAAUUACAAACGAAUCAGAUAUUGGUGAAACCAAAUUAAAUAAAUGUAUACGAUAUGACUCGUUCAUAUAUUAUUUACAUAAUUGGACAAGUCGUUCAAAGAAAUAUUGUGUAACUCUCUGUUAAUGUAUAUUCUAACUUCUUUUAAUUAUUUAUUGUAUAUAUGUAUACAAAUACUAUUUUAUAUAGUAUAUAUAAUUUUAUAUUUUUUUCAUAUGUCACUGAGAGAAUAGAUGGUUCGGGAACGAUAAUCAAUUUUUUGCAUUAAUUUCUUGUACUC